ACCUAUAGGCACUGGUAAUAGGUUGGCCACUUCCCCUGGCUUCGUCACAGCCCUGGUCAUGGCUAGAAGUCAAAUUAACAUCAAAAGUAGACAUUUUGGCUAACCCAUACUAUUUUCCCCAAACUAAACCUAAUUAUCCUAACCUGCUACGAAAAGUCUUCAUCUGACAAAAGCUGUGUCCAUCUAGUCCAAAAAGCCAUCCGCUCCCCUCCCACUGGUCCGCAAGAUGGCUGACAUCGCUUGGAAGUCUGCUCCCUUCCUCAACAUGAAGUCGUGAGUUGGGAAGUAAGAGAGGGAGGCACUAUCAGGCGUUAGUUUUUUUUUUAUUAAGUUAUUUUAUUUCUCCAAACAAGGCCAUUUCAUUCCGCGUCGUGUCUAUCACAGAGUUGUUUAUGCGCCGUCAGCCACCCUGCUAGCUAAAUUAGCCAGAUAGCUACAGCAGUUUAACGUUAUCAAAAUAUGAAUUAGCUAUCACAUUACCUAGCACUUGCAAUGUGAACUAGUCUAGCAGAAGUAUUUGAAGUGUUAGGAUAAGAACUUCGCGGUAGUCAUGUUCGUUACUUAGGUAAUUCACAGGCUUUCUUCGUGUGAAUCAGGAUUAAACUUUGCAUCGCCCAAAUCAUAACCUAACUAUUAGAUGGCUAGUUAGGAGUAGUUAACAAGUUAAACUUUUAGUUGCUUUGUUGGCAGUUUACCACAAUACUGCUAGGGAUGGACACACACGACCAAAUGUAGAAGAUUGGCUUGGUACACUAACGUUACAGCUCGCUAGCUACGUUAGUCAAGUUGCUAACCAACUGCUGAACUAUUUGCUAGCUAGCUAGCUUGUUAGCUGUUGGAAAGUGACCAUCCUGACCUGGCCAGCUGGCUUGUUAGGCUACCUUUUCAGGGUUAGGGGGGGUAACGACAGUCGUGUAGCCAGUCAGUUACACUGUCAGAGAGACUAGUUAGGUAGCCGCCUGGUUCUAGCUAGCUACCGUCUCCACAUCCGCUAUCACCACGGCGUUCCGGACGAACCCCGAGCCCUCCCCCGGUCAGACCCACCGGCUCAACAACACCGGGAUGGGCGUACAGGGCUUCCAGGAGUAUCUGGAGAAACGGUGUCCCGGGGCUGCCAUUCCCGUGGACCUCCUCAAACUAGGCCGUACUGCGGGACGCCCGCACCAUCACCCAGGCUCUCUGCCCCCUCCACCACCGGCCCGGAUACUCAUCGAUGCUGACUCCGGCCUGCAGCGGCUGUACGGCGGCUACCAGACGGACUGGGUGUGCGGCGGGGAGUGGAACGCCAUGCUGGGAUACCUGGCCGCUCUGUCCCAGGCAUGUAUGUACCAGGGUGGGCUGGAGCUGGUCGUGGUGUUCAACGGGACCCUGGGGAAGGAGCGGUGGCCGGAGUGGGCACGCCAGGCCCAGGGGCAACGCCAGACGGCCCAGCUCAUCGUUAACCACGUCGGCAGUAAGGCUACCCCUCCUCCCCGCGCCUGGUUCCUUCCUCCAGCCUGUCUCAGCCACUGUGUCCGCCUCGCCAUGUUCCGCUUCAGAGUGCGGGUUGUCCAGACGUUGGAGGACCACCACCAGGAGGUGCUGUCCCUCUACAGGGACUUUGGUUUCUGCGGCCUGAUCGCCCAGGACUCAGAGUUUGCCCUCUGCAACGUGCCCGCCUACUUCUCCUCGCAUGCCCUCAAACUGUCCUGGAACGGCAAGAACCUGACCACCCACCAGUACCUGCUCUCUGAAGCUGCCAGACAGCUGGGUCUGAAGACACAACACCUGCCCUGCUUCGCUGCUCUGCUGGGGAACCAUAUUCUCCCUGAUGAGGACCUGGCUGCCUUCCACUGGAGCCUUUUAGGACCAGAACACCCCCUGGCCUCACUCAAGGUGCGUGCCCACCAGUUGGUGCUGCCUCCCUGUGAGGUGGUUAUCAAGGCGGUGUCUGAGUACGUCUCCUCCAUUAAAGACCUGGGGAACCUCGAUGCUGUCGCCAGGGACGUCUUCAAACAAUCACAGUCUCGUAUGAAGGAUAAGGUGGAGCGUUUUAAGAAGGCUGUGGAGUAUUUCUCAUCUGCCUCUAAACCCCGCCCACUCUCCAUGGUACCCUCCCCCUACCUUUGGUUUGGUCCGGCUUCUUUUGGCAGUCUUCCUGGCCACAUGGGGGCGACGCUGCCUGGAAAGAACCAGGGGGUAAAACCACCCUAUCGGAAUGCUCUGUGUGGACCAGGCCACGCCUCUCUGUUCCAGAACCUGCCCCCCCUGCCGGACUGCAACGAUUCGCUGUCUGGGACAAUGGGCUACACGGAUUGGUCGGCUCCAUAUGACCAGGGAGGAAGUAGAUUAACGAAUCACCACACGUCCGCUCCCUCUGGCCCCUCCCACUCGCCAUCAUCUUCCUCCGAUGGAGACGAACCAAACGACAGCAGCCACCAUCUGACAGACAAGUCCUCCGGGUGGGACACUCCGUCCGGUCGGGGGGGUGGAGGGGAUGGUUCCCACGGUAACGGGAGCGGGUCCCACGGUAACGGGAGCGGGUCCCACGGUAACGGGAGCGGGUCCAACAUUCCAUCGCUGUUGUCAAUGGCGACGAGGAGUCACAUGGACAUAACCACGCCCCCUCUGCCUCAAGUCAGCGAUGAGGUGUUGAGAGUAGCAGAACACAGACACCGCAGAGGACUGAUGUAUCCAGAGAUAUACCACAUACUGACCAAGGGAGAGAUGAAGAUGGCGGUGUGUAUAGAAGAUGAUUGUAACAGUGAUCUGCCUCCAGCCUCUCUGCUGUUCAGAGCAGCCAGACAGUACAGCUAUGGAGUCCUCUUCAGCCUAGCCGAAACACACCGACGCCUCGAGAGACUCGCCAUGCGCAACAGAGGACCCCUAGACGUUCCUCCAGUGAUAGUGAAGGAGUGGUCCAGUGGGAAGUCAAAGUCGGCCCUGACCCCGGAGCUGGUUCCAGCGCUGUGCUUCAGAGAGUGGACCUGUCCUAACCUGCGGAGGCUGUGGCUUGGUAGAGCCAGUGAAGAUCGCUCCCGGAGGACCAGAGCUUUCCUAGCCUGUCUCCGCUCUGACUGUCCUGCCCUACUCAACCCUGCUCAGAUCCCACAACACCUUCUGCUCAUGUGCUGCGUGCUCAGGUAUAUGAUGCAGUGGCCAGGUGGUGGUAUUCUACAGAGACAUGAGUUAGAUGCCUUCCUGGCCCAGGCAGUCUCUAACCAGCUCUACGAACCAGACCAGCUACAGGAACUCAAGGUAGAGAAGGUAGACAGUCGGGGGGUCCAGCUGGCGUCUCUCUUCAUGGCGGGCGUGGACACUGCUCUGUUGGUCAACGACGUGUGUGGUCAGCCGUUACCAUGGGAACACUGCUGCCCCUGGGGCUUCUUCGACGGGAAACUAUUCCAGACCAAACUGGCCCGUGCCGCCCAAGACCGACUGGCCCUGUUCGACAUGUGUGAAGGACAGGAGGAGCUGGUGUCUCGUGUGAAGAUGAUGCGUCAGGCCAUUCUAGAUGGCAUCAACUUCACUCGUCCUCCUCCCCCUCUCCCCCCUCUUUCCUUCUACCCCCUACCCCCCCUCUACCCCCCCCGGCCCAUGGGUAACAUGCCCCCCCACCACCACCCUCAUCAUCCUCACCACCACCCAGCCCAGCAUAGACCCAGAGGCUUCCCAGGUCUGCAGUCGAUCCCCCCCCAGGGAGGGAAGUUGGAGAUAGCCGGUAUGGUGGUGGGACAGUGGGCCGGGAACAAACCACUGCGUGGCAGAGGGGGGUUCAACAUGCAGGUGGUGUCGGUCGGAGCUGGGAGAGGAAGGGGUGAGGACAUCCCAGUGAAAGCAGGACGAGGAGUUAAAAAGACACAUUCCCCCUCCUCCACCAGCCCCACCAAACCUGAGGAGGAGGAGGAGCCUAACUCAGGGGCCGUGACCCAGCAGCUGAAUGGCAGCCCUGCAGCCUCCGCUAUUGGCCAGCCUCUGGAUCUGCCCCCACUGGCCCAUCCAAUCCCGUGUGCCUUAGCAAGCAGAGACAACCAAACAGAGGAGGCCCCCUGUUGCCUUGACGACUGUCCGUCAGACGGAACGCUAACGAAGGAGGCGUGAUGAGGCUAUCCCAGAAUGCACCAGGGUGUUCUGAAAAAAGCUGUCUGUGUUUCACUGCCGUCUGCCCUGCCCCUUGAUUUUUGUCACGUGGUUUUAUUUUAUCUUAACGAUCAGAGGUUUUUCUCCAUGAAGUCCGUAUGUAUGUAAGCCCCUGCCUCCCUAAAGCCCCGGCCCCAUGGCCCGUCGCUAUAGUAACCCCUGAUGUUCUGAUGGUCCCUCCCCACUGUUAAUAUUCCUACCGGGAUCCUUACAGUUAGACUUGAACUACGGUGUUCAGUAGUAGUAGUGUGUUUAGAUACACUAACGUCGACACUACCACACACUGUUUGCUAGGUGCCUGGGUUUGGUUGCCAUGCUUAGUGUGUAAUGGUUUGGUUGCCGGGUGUGUCGGUUGUUGCCAUAGGGACCUCAUGGUGAGCUCAGAGUUCUAGAGGUGUCAGAGGAGGAAUAGCGAAAGAAGAAGCUGACGAACGAAUGAGUGCAGUGUUUGUGUGCUAAAUAAGCGUGGUUUACCCCCAAUAAUGAUUUAUUAGUGUUAGCCGCGCUGCUAACCACCCAGAGCGCGUGUUUGCAUUGCUCUGACCCUUCAGUAGCAUUUGCACCGCUAAUACAUUAGCAUGCUAACGUAGCCAACACCUUGAAUAACAUUAGCACUUGCCCUAAUAUGUUAGCGUGCUAAGUUAGCCUAGCCCAGCCGUGUUGAGACCCCCUGACCACAGAUGUAUGUACGCACCUUAACCUGACGCUCCAACGUAUGGAAGCUCAUCCCCUAUAUUAGAUUAUAUCCCCUAUGCUCUGAUUGUAUAUCCCAACGGGAAGCACUUGCUAAUGUUGGAUUCAUUGAUUUAAUAUUGAUUAUUGAUGACCAGACCUCCAGACUGUUUGUCUGAGAGAGUUCCCUUGCGACCUAGGAAAUCACUUUGAUCAUUGACCUCAAGGUCUAUUUUAACAUGGCCGUUAUGUAAACGAGACCUGUUUGAAUGGGAUCAGAGUAGGGCUGCACAAUUCAUCCAAAUCGCAAUGUUGACAUGUGCAAUAUCCAUAUCGCAAUAUUUUGCAACCCCACUCAGCCACGUGAACGGUCCGUUUUUAUAGUUGACUCUGUCGUCCCUCUCCUCUUGCGGCUGCUUCCCACAACGAAGCUCCAAACCCUGUCAGUCAAGCAGCACAGUUCCUCUUCUGUUAGAUUCACUAGAAGUUUGCAUGCUGUUCUGUUAGGUCAAAUGCCGUCAACACAUUGUUCCAAACAAGAAUGAUGCUGCUUCCCACUUUGCUUCUUAAUAUAAAUCAUUAUAUUUCUCUGA